AUGACCACUACUUGUGACGAUUCUAACAACUAUGUCACUAAGGACUCUACCGAGUUGAUAGAAUUGGCUUGGAGUUUGGUGGAUGCAGAAACACUAAACACCAUAACACUGGAUUCAGUUUUGGUAAGACCGGUCAAUACUCCCAUCACUCCAUAUUGCUCUCACAAGUAUCUGGUUUCUUGGGAACUGGUGAGAAAUGCUGGUUCUUUUAAAGAUGCCAUCACCAAACUUGAUAACGUAAUCCAAACUCAUAUUUUAUCCAAACUGUUGGAAUUCUCCUUUGUGGCCCAUGAUAUCUCCAAAUUAAGAGUUCAAAUCCCAAGAGAAGCAAGAGAUAAAUCAGUGGUGUUGCCUCCUUAUUUACAACAUCCUCGAGUCUUUGAUUUAAGUAAUGAGUAUUCCAAAUGGCAAUUAUCUCAUCCAGAAGCUCUUAGUUACACUGCAACUUCCUUCACAAACAUUAUAACAGCUUUAGAAGUGGAGUUGGAUAAAAAGUACAAAGGUAUCAUUUCCCCAGUCACUUCAGCUUCAACAACCCCCCCACCGCUGCAGGAAAGUGAAACUGUGGUUAUUCCAUCAUUAGAACAACAACCAGUAUCCACUGAUGAUGAUAAUUUUGCCACCGAAAGUUCCUCCUCAUCUCCAGCCAUAGAAUCUAGAACCAAAGAAGCUGUGGAUUUAUAUUCCAAAAUAUUGGUUCAACUUAUUAAGAAAUCUGUUCCCUUAAAUGACCAUCCUCUUGUUUUGACUAAACCUUAUGAUACAGCUUAUGACAUAAAGAUAUUUUUGGCGGAAAGAUCAAAAAUCUUAUAUCUUUCCAACUUGCCUCAUGAUACAACUCAAUCUGAAUUGGAAUCAUGGUUUACUCAAUAUGGAGGCAGGCCAAUAGCAUUCUGGACUUUGAAGAACUUGGAUGAGAACAACAAUAACAACAGCAACAACAAUAAUGGCAAUAACGGCAACAAUGCUAGCAAUGCUAGUAAUAAUACCAAUAAUCUCAAUGCCAAUUCUGUUCCUGGUAACGAGGGUACUCCUCAACCUCCAUCAAGUGGUUCCGUCAAUGAAGCAAAUACGUUGGGUGAUAUUAAAGCGAAAACCAAAGGAACCUGUGGGUUUGCAGUGUUUUCCACACACGAAGAAGCAACCGAAUCUUUGGCAAUGAAUGGAAGAGUAUUGAAUGAUUAUGCUAUAGAAGUACAAGCUUCCUCCACCAGAGUUCUUGAUAAAGCCAGUGAUCUUUUAACUCCAUUCCCACCAUCUAAAAACAGACCUCGUCCAGGUGAUUGGACUUGUCCUUCCUGCGGAUUUUCGAAUUUCCAAAGAAGAACAGCAUGUUUUAGAUGCUCAUUCCCUGCCACAUCUGCUGUUGCCAUUCAGGAGUCCAUGUACUCUAGUGGUGGGAACAACAGAAGAAAUAACAACAACAACAACAACAACAACAAUAACAACAGUAAUAAUAGUAACAACAGCAGCAAUAACAAUAACAAUAACAAUCUUAAUAGCAACGGAAAUGCCGGGAACAAUCAAGAUAAAUUAGGGUUGAACUCAGUUUCUAUGAAUUCAGCCUCUUCAUACCCUUAUUCCGAUCAAACAUUCUUAAGUCCCGCAACAAAUGGUGGUAAUAACUAUCAAAUCAAUCAAAUAGGUGGAAACGAUGCUACUGGUAACUAUAUCUUGGGUGGAGGAAACUCGAACAACAAUUCUGGUAAUAAUAAUAACAACAACAGCAGCAACAAUAACAGUAACAACAACAACAACAAUAAUAACUACAAUAAUAGUGGCAACCAAGGAGGAAAUAACGGUGGAUCUAAUAGACAUUUCACUGGUAACACUGUUCCAUUUAGAGCAGGGGAUUGGAAAUGCUCAAAUGAAAUUUGUCAAUAUCACAACUUUGCAAAGAAUUUGUGUUGUUUGAAGUGUGGGAGUGCAAAGCCAGCUAGUGUUGGAAACUCCAUGAACAACAAUAAUAGUCCUGCAAUGAUUCCAACGCCAGGUCCAAUCAUGGGACUUGGUAGUGGCAAUCAAGGAGGAUCUGGGUACAUGCAAACACCUGGAGGACAUCAAAGCAGACAUGGAUCUGUUAGUGGAAAGCAUUAUUCGAAAAUGCAUUACAAUAACAAUAACAAUAACAAUAACAACAACAACAACAACAACAACAAUAAUAAUAAUAAUAAUAAUGCAGCAGGUAAUGGGAAACAAAAUUAUAGGAAUAACCAUGGAAAUAACGCGGUUAAUCCUCAACAAAAUGCCAAUGGUUUACCCCAACAUAUGAUGAUGUUCCAACAACAACAACAACAAGGUUCAGGAGUCCAGUUGCCACCUUCACAAUCGUUUCCUCUUCAACACGGUGGUUCGCCUGCUUCGCUGGUGGUGAGCACUUCGUACAAUCAAAAGUUUGGUAGUCAAUCAGCUUCUAAUUCACCAGGAUUAUACGGGUCGUUUGGUCCCCAGCAAUUCAAACUCGGAGGUGAGAAUCCUAGUACGGCAAAUUUAAGCUCAGGAAUUAAGACUAAUGACGGUGGUGUCAACCCUACUAACCACCCCAGCAGCAACAACAACAACAAUAAUGGUAGUAACGACAACCCAGUGUUCAACGCUCUCACAAGUCAGAUUAAUUCGUUAAACUUGAACUUUUAA